AUGACCAACACCGCACGCGUUGACAGAAAACCUUCCCUCGUCGACCAGCACGAUCCACGGGUGGAUCUCGGCGAGGUCGCGCGAGAUGCUGCACUCUUUGCCCAGAUCAAGGGAUUGCUGCUCGAACACAAGGUUCUGUUCUUUCGCGACCAGAACUUCUCAAAGCUCGAGCACGUAGAGCUUGCCCAGCGAUUCGGUGAGCUCGAGGAUCAUCCGGCCCUGGGCAGCGACCCCGACCACCCGGGCCUGGUCCGCAUCUACAAAGACCUGGACAGCCCGCCGGAGCAUUUCGAGAAUGCGUAUCACUGCGACGCCACCUGGCGCGUGAACCCGCCCAUGGGAUGUAGUUGCGUUGUGUGGAAACACCUCCGGUCGACCUUCGGCGCUCGGAUGCCGAUCGAUCAGCGGCACCAGCUGAAGGAACGCUUUCCCGACGCCGAACAUCCCGUGGUACGAACACAUCCGGAGACCGGCGAGAAGAUUCUCUUCGUCAAUUCGUUCGCCACACCUCGUGAACUAUCACACGCCCGGGAACGUCCGCUACGGAAUCGAUUACGCCCCCCGGCCCAGAUUCCCGAGUACCAGGUUCGGUGGCGCUGGACCGAGAACAGCGUCGCGAUCUGGGACAACCGGUCGACACAGCAUUACGCGGUGCAGGACUACUGGCCCGCGGUUCGAAAGAUGGAGCGCGCCGGAAUCAUCGGCGACGCACCGUUC